AUGCGCAUCGCGCGAAAAAGAAAAAUAAGGACAAGGAGGGUGUACAUCUUCCUGGUUAAAUCAACUGUCACGACAACAUCUCGUAUGUUAUCCCCUAAGGUCUGCACCGUCGAAUUCCAAGGCAGAGUGCACUAUAUGGGGUCAUGUGCACAUAACCGUCGGGGAGAUCUCAGACGCGACGCAGAUGAUGUCAACUGUCGAGUGUUUAUGCAAGUCGUGGUGGUUCUGUGUAAUGAGUGA